CAUUUUACUCCAUACAGAAUAUAUUCCUAGUUCUCUCAUCCACCAAUGCCUCCGCCGAUUCGGAUACCUCAGAGUCACGGCACGGGAUAAAUGACCGUCACAUGGCUAGUCUUUUGGAAGCAUGUCGAGACCUGGAUUCAUGGUUUGUAAAGAAGCGUUUUCUCCUCUCCUCCCAACGUCCUGAUUUGCUGUUACAAGAAGAACUGGAUGCUAUGCAGUCGGAAACUGCCAGGAAGGAAAAACUGAUAGCAGAAACCAAAGUUAAACUGAAACAGUACGUUGACUCGAUAUCGGCCAUCGUGGAGCAGUUCACUUCUGAUCUCUCUUACCGCCCACAACUGACCU